AGUCACAAUCUCGAUUGACAACUUGUGAGUGAUUGCUGAUUACUUUGAAGAAAAAAUUGAUGAUUGUGUAAUCAAAUAUAUUUCCGGCAAGAUGGCAGAUGAAGUUUUCAAGAAAAUCGAAGCACGAUUGACAACAGUUGAUCCUAAUGAUCGCAAAGUUGUGCACAUUUUCAAGUUCAUCGUCACUGAUGAGAGUGGUGAUUUCUUUAAAGCAUGGGUUCUUGAUUUGAAAGCUGUGAAAAUUUAUUACACAACAGCUGAAGCGGACGAUGAAGGUGUUGAAGUCACUUUAAAGAUGAAAGAAUCAACAUUAACAGCAAUUUUGGCAGGCGAAUUAGACUCAACCAAAGCAUUGAACGAUGACAUGAUUGAUGUCGAAGGAAACUUAGAACUCAUCUACCUUCUUAAACCAUUCAUUUCAAGUGUCUGAGACUGAAAAGUUUAGAAAAUAAAGAUUUUAAUCAAUACAUAAA